ACCUCGAGAGCCAGGCGUCUUUUCCUGUGCCCGAAAUGUGGUGAGGCUCCCAUGUGGUAUUGGUGUGCUGGAUAUCCCUUCACUGGUAGCCUGGUAACAUACACUCCCAGGUCUUUCUCUGCCUCUGUGGUGGAUAGUGGAGUGUUUCCCAUGUGGUAUUGGUGUGCUGGAUAUCCCUUCACUGGUAGCCUGGUAACACACACUCCCAGGUCUUUCUCUGCCUCUGUGGUGGAUAGUGGAGUGUUUCCCAUGUGGUAUUGGUGUGCUGGAUAUCCCUUCACUGGUAGCCUGGUAACACACACUCCCAGGUCUUUCUCUGCCUCUGUGGUGGAUAGUGGAGUGUUUCCCAUGUGGUAUUGGUGUGCUGGAUAUCCCUUCACUGGUAGCCUGGUAACAUACACUCCCAGGUCUUUCUCUGCCUCUGUGGUGGAUAGUGGAGUGUUUCCCAUGUGGUAUUGGUGUGCUGGAUAUCCCUUCACUGGUAGCCUGGUAACAUACACUCCCAGGUCUUUCUCUGCCUCUGUGGUGGAUAGUGGAGUGUUUCCCAUGUGGUAUUGGUGUGCUGGAUAUCCCUUCACUGGUAGCCUGGUAACAUACACUCCCAGGUCUUUCUCUGCCUCUGUGGUGGAUAGUGGAGUGUUUCCCAUGUGGUAUUGGUGUGCUGGAUAUCCCUUCACUGGUAGCCUGGUAACAUACACUCCCAGGUCUUUCUCUGCCUCUGUGGUGGAUAGUGGAGUGUUUCCCAUGUGGUAUUGGUGUGCUGGAUAUCCCUUCACUGGUAGCCUGGCAACAUACACUCCCAGGUCUUUCUCUGCCUCUGUGGUGGAUAGUGGAGUGUUUCCCAUGUGGUAUUGGUGUGCUGGAUAUCCCUUCACUGGUAGCCUGGUAACAUACACUCCCAGGUCUUUCUCUGCCCCUGUGGUGGAUAGUGGAGUGUUUCCCAUGUGGUAUUGGUGUGCUGGAUAUCCCUUCACUGGUAGCCUGGUAACAUACACUCCCAGGUCUUUCUCUGCCUCUGUGGUGGAUAGUGGAGUGUUUCCCAUGUGGUAUUGGUGUGCUGGAUAUCCCUUCACUGGUAGCCUGGUAACAUACACUCCCAGGUCUUUUUAUUAGUGGGGGAGCAGUCUGGCUGUUCACCACAUGCGGCCAGCGGCGUCGGUCCUGGGAAUGUUCUGCGCGCGCCUCAAAACUCCCGCUGUAGUGCCACGGGAAACACUUUUUUGGUAGUGUUUGUGGUGGUCGUGUGUUGGCGCCAGACUAUUUCCAUUACUGACGGAAAGACAUUGUGGGCGGUUAUCCGUUCAGUGGUCAAAUCCUUGAAACAAUUACCACACAAGAUUUUAUUUACGUUUAAGUGAUCGGAAGAUGUUUUGUAGAUAUAUAACGGAAACGACUGCACACACACACACACACA